AUGCUCCUCGCCGCGCAAAAACUGCUCGAUGGCGUCGUCGCCGCCGCGGGGCGCGGCGAGCUCUGUCUUGCCUUCCAGGACGCGUGGACGAUGCUGACGUCGCCGGGUCUGCCUGCUGCGUGCGCUGUUGCUGCUGAGCUGGUGCGCUUGCACAAGCAUGAAUAUACUCACACUUCCUGUUCCCGUUUACCUUCUUCUUCCCCUGCGAAUGCAGACGGCUCGAAUGCGGGGCAUUCGCCCCUCAACCGCUCCCACGCAAUCCAGUCCCUAGCCGUCUAUCUCGCGGCGCUGGCGCGGAUCCCGCCCCUCGACCCGGCGGCAAGAAUCUGUAAAAGGGGAAAGGCGUUCUUGGCUAAGGCGCUGGAGCACGUGCUUGGCGGUUCGGGUCCGGGUCCGCUUCCUCAUCGUCCUCCGACGGAGGGGAGUGCGGCAGCGGCGAGUGGGGAGGAGGCUGGGGUGGAGGGCAGUGCAGACACAAACGCAGCCGCGCGCACUGCUAGUAUAGAGGUAGAAGGGGCACGGGAAGCGGUGCCAGCGCGCGACGAGCUGCCACUCUGGACAGCCGACCUCGACGCGUUCGGCUUUGGCGAUGAUUACGACGUGUUGGGCUUGGGGGAGCUGGGGUGGGUGGGUGGGUCUGGGUCUGGAUGGGGCUUUGGUGAGGAUGGAGGCAUGGUGUGGUAG